GUGGGAUUCUUGAAUGGGCCGGAGGGCGAGACACCUAAGGGAGGCAUAUAAUCUACCUCAUGUAACCCGGCCUUUCAAUGACCUCUACCGCGAAAUGAGACGGAACAUCGCAUGUCUCGCCGCUCACAACUCUCCACACCAGUCGCGCCUACGCCCUAGCACCUAAACUCGCAAUCCAUAUCCUUCGUCCUCCAAUUCGGCCCCGUCGGCCCAUGCUCGCACCCCAACUCCCCCGCCGUCCACCCGCUCACGUUACACCUCCCACAUCCAUCCUUGCCAGGCGCAUUCUCCCCCCACGCGCAGUCCCCCGCCUUAUACCCGUAGCUAAACCGGACCCUGCCGCCGACGUCCAUGCCCUCGAUGCGCACCAUGUUAGGCUCGAUCUCCUUCCACCCGAUGUGCGCCGAAUAGCGGUCGAAGUCCAGCUCGGUGGGCUUCGCUGCGUCGUUCGUGUAGUGCUUGAAUUUGUUCCAGUCGGCGAUGAAGGGGAUUGUGCCGCGCGUGACGGUUACGGAGCCGUGGAUGUCGGGGCGCACGAGGCGGACGCAGUCUUGGCGGACGGUGAGGUGGAACGUGCAUGUUCCAUGGUUGGUGUUGGUUGCGUCGCGACGGGUGAGGUCCGAUGCGGUGUUGUUCAAGGGUGUGAAAAGCAGGGUGGCGGGGGUGAUGUGUGUGGUCAAGGGGCUUGCCAGAGCCGGGAUCGCGAAGAGGAGGGGUGCAAGCAGGAGAGUGCGACGUGAGGAAGGGUAUGAAUGUGUCGAUUUUGUGUUGUGGUGAGCUUUGUUAGUUUGUUGUGGAUAAUGAUGCACAAAGAGAACAAAGAGUUAUGGUAAGAAGUGAAACUGAGGUGACCAUGAAGCCUAAUAUAUUCCCAGGUAUAGAACGGCCGUGAGUAAGAGGGCGUGUGUUCUCCCGAGCCCUGACUCAUACGGACGUGCAGUGAAGAGGAGCAGUUCCGAACAA